AUGGCUGUGGAGACGUCAGUGGAGGACCUUGAGUCUCAAAAUGAUGAAAUGCAAGCUCUAGAAAGUAUUUACUCACCGAACUUCACUGUUGUGAAUUUAGAAGACAAGUUUGAAAGUCAUCAUUUACUCACAAACUUCCUAGAACAUUUGAAAUUUUGAUCACAUCGGGAAAGCCUAAGUUGCCUACUGUCACACUUCGUUUCACUUUUGGCCCCGGGUAUCCAUCAUCGGCCUGUCCCACCUUUACGUAAUUUUUUUCCUUACAUAUUGUCGAAGAAUUACAGCUCCCGAACUAUCACGUUCAGCUCAUUCUGA